UGUCUUUGUCGCCUAUAUUCCUCACCACAAUUUCUUCAUCUUCCUUCAUUCCCUUUAUUCUCAAAAGUUAACUUCUUUACCCAAUCAAUCCUCAUGGAUACCCUUUCUACCUCUGUUUCUUCCCUUAAAGUUUCAAACCUCCGCAGAUACUCUGCUGAUUUCCACCAUUUCAAGAAUCCCUUUACAACAACAUCAUCUUCUUCCUCACCCCACUUCAAUUUCCCAAAACCAACUUCAAUCUCAAACAAAACCAACUCUUUCACCCAUAAAAAGACUACAAAUUUCCCAUUUCUAUCUAAAACCCCACCUCCCAAACAACCCAUUUCCAAGCAUCAAACAGCUCAUACUAGAGCUUCAAGUGGCUAUGCUGCAGCACUUAUAGACAUAGCUAACUGCAACAACUCACUUGAAAAACUCGAUAAAGACGUAAGGAGGUUAUCAAGAUGGUUAAGAAAUGACCAUUUGCGUGUUCUUAUGACAGACCCUUUUGUGGGAAAUCAAGAAAAAGGGUAUGUUCUUAAGGAGAUUUUGUCUAAGGGGAAUUUCAACAAACACUUGGUGGGUGUGGUGAAGCUUUUGGUGGAGAAGAACAAAUUAGGGAUUGUGGGUGAAGUUUUGAUGGAAUUUGAGAGGAUUUAUGAUCAGCUUUGUGGGACACAAGUGGUUUUGGUUUCAUCAGAGGUGAAAAUGGAGAAAGAUGAAGUUUUUGGAAUUGCUAAGAAGGUGCAAGAACUUAGUGGGGCUGAAAGAGUGAAGGUCAAGGUAAGAAAUUUGGUUGGUGAUAAGAAAAGGUCACACUCCUUUGCUCUUUGACUUUAACUUUUGAAUAAGCCAUUCUAUACGAAUUCAAGAUUUAGAGUCAAUGAAUUCUGCUCUUUAUAUACAUGUCAAUUUUAUUUUA